AGAGCGUCAUCCCUGCAGGGGCGUGGCAUGGUUGGACGGACAAUGACACGCGGUUAGAUGAUUUACUUCAGUCUCUGCUUCAGUCUUGAAGCUGCCUCGUCUCCAUAUCCCUUGUGUACAUUUUUUGACGACUUGGAAGGGGAAGCAUGUGGAGAAGUGAGGACAAAAGUGCAAUGUUGCUCAUUAAAAUCUGGAGAUGUGUGGGGAUUGUAUGCCUUUUGUCCCUGCAAAUACAAGGACAAUGUACAAAGCCAGUCCCCAGUGAAAAUGCUGUUUUACAUGAGGAUCACAGCUCGCUAAUCAGUUUUCCAGAAAAUUCUUCUGUAAGAUUCAGUUGUUUUCCUGGGUACCAGCCAGCAUCAGGGUCGCGAUCGGUGGUGUGUCAGGGCGGCCAGUGGAACCCAAACCCAAAGGAUUUCACCUGUAAAAAAAAGACCUGUGGAAACCCAGGGGAAGUGAAAAAUGGUGUAUAUAACAUGCCUGAGGGAGUUGACUUUGGUGCAGUUGUCACAGCCAUCUGCAAUGUGGGGCACUACUUGGUGGGAGAAGGCCAGAGAACAUGCUUGGCAGAUGCGACAUGGAGUGGACGUGAGGCUGUUUGUGAAGUGGUGAAAUGCGAUUCUCCUCCAAAGAUUGACCAUGGUCAACUUGAGUCCACCUCAGAUGAGUAUAAGUUUGGAGAUGUGGUGCACUACGUCUGCGAUAAGGGGUACGACCAAUUUGGAAAUCCUGAAACACACUGCUCUCAGAAUGGAACAUGGACUGCAGCUCCCAGAUGCAAAUUGGUGGAUUGCCCGAAGCCAAACAUAUCAAAUGCCAGACGUAUUUUUGGAACUAGCGGUCCCUAUGGCAAAGGGGCUACCCUUGAGUACGAGUGCCAUAAACUGUUCAAGAUGGUUGGUGAAGCCAGAAUAGUCUGUGGGGAGAAUGGUUGGUCUCCAGCAAUUCCAAGAUGUGAAGCACUUCCUACCACCACUACCCCACGAAUGACAGUGAAGGAAACCACCACACCUAAAGAGAGCCAAUCCUCUCCUGCUAAAACUACCCCAAGAACUUCAGCAAAUGCAUCCACCAAACCUGAAGGUGGGAAAAACGGAGCAGGGUCAACUCAUCAUGUCCAUAACUCUCUGUGGAUUGUGUUGGCAGUAGUGGUGGGAGUUGCUGUUCAAAAUGGUUUAUUCUCUCUGAUCCAGUAAGCCUGUUCCUACUAUGGAGUUGAGAGGAAAGAGAUGAUUGGUGUGUUUCCUGGCUCUGUGUGAGAAUGGACUCCAGGACCGCCCUUGCUUCAAGUAUUGCCAGCUUUGAGCUUCUGAGAGAUGGCUCUGUCUGAACUCUGCUUGAUUCUUAGAUAAAUUACCUUUAAAUACUGAAUUGCACUGAGGUCCUGUCUAUCAGAUACUGUGCCUUUGGGUGGGGGUGGUGGUAUGUGUAAAAUGUUAAAUGUAAGAAUGUGAAAUGCCUUUGUUGAAAUUUUAUAUGGAUUGUCUUUAACAUACAAUUUAAGUAAAAUGUUUUAAGUUAAACGUUUAGUUUUAAUUGUUUAAAUUAUUGGUGAAAUAAUUAUAAUUUAUUGAAAAGGGGUGUAAGAAUGAAAUGCUUUUGUUGAAAUUUAUAUGGAUUGUCUUUAAAUGUUUAACUUAAUUUACUUAAAUUGUUCAUUUUAAUUGUUAAAUUCUUGAUUAAAUGAUUAUUUAUUGGAAAGGGCAGGGCUCAAACACAGUUAUCACAUUUUAGAUUUUCAUUUUACACUUACAUUAAGUUUGGGUUUCUGAGUUGGAAAAAUUUUGUUUUUUAAAAUAGAUAAAUAAUUUACAGUAUAUAGUGCCAUAUGAAGGAACAGUAUUGUUGUGCUCACCUGACCACUUGUAAAAUGACUAAUAAAAGCACUGCUUUCAAAAAACAA